GGGGGAUCGUAGUUUGACACUGAUACCGCGUGUGUGUGUGUGUGUGUGUGUGUGUCCUUGUCAGCGUGAAGCGAGGCAGCGCAGCUCGACACACUCGGCCACAGAAUGAAUCCCCUGCUGAAAGUUCAAGUUCUGGCCCAGCGAGCCUUCGGAAGCUCCGCCAGGCAGCUGAGGAACAAAGUCCCCGAGGCCCAGAAGCUCUUCCAGGAGGACAACGGGCUGCCGGUCCACAUCAAGGGGGGGACUGCGGACGUGGUUCUGUACCGGGCCACCAUGGCGCUGACCUUGGGAGGGACCUGCUACUCCCUGUACUGGCUGCUCUUUGCCGCGAUGCCUCAGAGGAAAGCGUAGAGGAGGAAGAUGAUGAUGAAGACGACCCCCCCUCCCCAGUCUCACCACUGAUGUCUGUUGUGUUUGAUUUCAUCAGGAUGAGAAUGUAAUAAAAAGCUUCAUUAAAGCGCG